CGACAGAGUGUACUCAUCCCCCUGUCGGAGUACCGUCUGCGCCUCCGCAGACCACCGUAUCCCCUCCUUCCCCGCCGCGACUACCGACGCGUCGAGCCAUUCGCUCAGCCCGUUGCAGCGAGCAGCUUGCUACUUGCGAGGACGUUGUGUCCUCUCUUCUGGACUUGAGCAUGCUCGAGGCUCGUCAGGAGCGACUCACCCUCAAUGUCGCUGCACUGCGUCGCCUUCUCGCCAUCCUCUCUAACCCAAAUCGCACCCUCCCGAAAAUCCCAGUACGACUCGGGACCUCCACGAGGGUGUACUCAGCGUUGUGGGAUCCUGGUUCUCAGGGCGACUUAAUUCACCUACGAGUGGUGAAGGAAGCCCGCUUACCCACGAUAGGGUCGCCGACUCCCAUCUCCGUUACCCUAGAGGAUGACAAGACCCCGCGAUUCUUCGAUCAGACGGUCAUCGACCUCCCCUUCUUCCUCACUCUCGAGCCGACUGACCGUUCCCCGGCGUCUCGUCGCCAUCGCUCCUCUGCACAUUUCAAUGUGAUGGAGAAGGGGUACGACUUCAUUCCCGGCACUUUGUGGUCUCGUCGGUUCCGCAGCACCGAGGCCGAUUGGGCGACCAACACUCUCGUUCUCAAAAGGAAGUGUGGACAGACGUAUCGCGUACCUUUCAUAGGUACCACGGCGAUACCACGCCCCGAUUCUCCUCCCCCGGAGCCGUCAGUGCCCACACCAUCCCCCUCUAUCACUGUCACCUCGCCUCGGCAGUUCGCUCACUUUAUUCGGCAGGACGAUGUCACCUUCUUUAUGGUGGACGUGACGGAUCUCUUACAUUAUGAUCCACCCUGUCCCGACGCCGAGCUCAUCCCUCUGGAGCCGGAUCCUCCCUCUAUCUCCAUGGCUCCCAUCUCUACUUCCGUCCCUCCUCCAUCCGUCGAGUCCACCCCGCCGUCGGGCGCUGACGCUGACGCAGAGGAACUCGCACAAUAUACGGCUGACCUGGAGCCCACAGUCCGUGACCUCAUCCGAGAGUACCAUGACGUUUUCCCAUCGUCGUUCGUACUCUCGAUCCCCGAGGCCAACGAACUCAAGCGUCAGCUUGAGAAGCUCCUGAGACUGGGUUUCAUUAAACCUAACAACUCGCUGUGGGGUCCACCCGUCCUCUUUGCUCGCAAAGAGGAUGGAACUCUCCGUCUCUGCAUCGACUAUCGCAGUCUCAACCGCUACACGGUUAACAACAGCUACCCCAUGCCUCCUUCCGAUGAGCUGUUCGACCGCCUAGCAGGCAACCACUUCUUUACGAAAAUUGAUCUUUGUAGCGGUUACCAUCAGAUCCACGUCGCUGCAGCUGACCAACCGAAGACAGCGUUCCGAUCGCGCUUCGGCCACCACGAGUUUACGGUGAUGCCAUUCGGCCUCACCAAUGCACCCGCCACCUUCCAGAGGGCAAUGAACGACAUCUUAAGGGACAUCCUGGAGCAGUACGUUCUCGUCUACCUCGACGAUAUCCUGGUCUACAGUCGUACCCUUGAGGAGCACCUCAGACACCUCUGCGACGUCCUUGAUCGCUUGCGCAGACAUGGCUUCUACGCCAAGCUGAGCAAGUGCCGCUUUGCCCAGCACAAAGUGGAUUUCUUAGGACACUACGUGUCUGAACAGGGUCUCCACAUGGAUGACGCGAAGAUCACUGCUAUUGCGGAGUGGCCCGCCCCCACAUCCACCAAGCAGCUUCGCAGCUUCCUAGGCCUAACCAGCUACUAUAGUAACUUCAUCCGGGGAUACGCUAGGUAUUCCUACGUCCUUACCUCCACCGUCCUCCGAAAGAACCCACCCUGGGCUUGGACACCCCUCCACGAGGACGCCUUCCAUGCCCUCAAGAAGGCGGUGACAUGCGCACCGGUUCUUCACCUACCCGAUUUUGACCGCCCUUUUAUCCUUACCACCGAUGCGUCGGACUUCGCUGUAGGAGCAGUGCUUUAUCAGGCUUUUCUGACAAAACCGAAGCUCACUCCUCGACAGGCUCGCUGGUGGUGCGACCUAUCCGAGUUUAGUUUCACCACUGAGCACAUCAAGGGUGAAACUAAUCGGGUCGCAGAUGCCUUAUCCCGGCGCCCUGACCACGACCAGGAGCAGAUCCAGCUCUCUUCCAUCUCGGUCACCACCGCCCACCACUCGGUGAUCGACGAGUUUCGCACUCAGUACCGCCACUGCCCUGACGAUCGCGACAUCCACGCGACCCUUCGGAGUGGCAAGACCGUCCCGAACUACUCUCUCGGGGACAACGGUCUUGUGUACUGGCACGGUUCACGGGGCACCAGAGAGCCCCGUAUUUGCAUUCCCUCCACUGGACAGCUACGUGUCCGAGCAGUAGCAGAGUUCCAUGACCAGGCAGUUGCCGGUCAUAUGGGCUUCCACAAGACGUUGGCUCGUGUGAGCCGCCUGUACGUCUGGCCGAAGCGCAAGGACUUUGUGAAGGACUACGUCGCAGAGUGUCCGACCUGUCAGGAGGUGAAGAGUGCGAACCACUUGCGUUAUGGUUUGCUCCAGCCUCUUCCUAUCCCUGAGGGUCGUUGGCAGUCCAUCUCGAUGGACUUUAUCGGUCUUCUUCGUCCUCUGACCCCUCGCGGUCAUGAUGCUAUCCAGGUCGUCGUCGACCGCUUCACGAAGCGUGCACGCUUUGUUCCAUGCCACUAUGCCAUCACUGCACGUGAGGUCGCCGACAUCGUAUUCGACCGAGUCGUGCGUGACCACGACUUACCUCUUAGCAUCAUAUAUGACCGUGACCCGCGCUUUACCAGCCGAUUCUGGCGACGGCUCCACGAGGUGUACGGCACUCAGCUCCGCUUCUCCUCGUCUUACCAUCCUCAGACAGAUGGUCAGACCGAGAUCACGAACAGGAUUCUCGGAGAUAUUCUCCGAAAGAUUGUUCGUGACGACCAGCAAUGGGAUCUCCAUCUUGUCCACGCAGAGAUAGCCUACAACCACGCCGUCUCGCCAGCCACGGGGAUGUCGCCUUACUAUUGCGACCUCGGCUAUCACCCUCGUGUUCCCGCGGACUUCUUUCGACCAUCCCUGCUGCACCCCGACACGAGUUGUCCCGCGUUGGACGAUUGGGUGGCACGCAUGACGUCGAUCAUGAAGACCGCACAUGAGCACAUAGCCGCGUCCCAGACUCGCAUGGCAGCACGUGCGAACCGAUCGAGGAUGGACCAUCCAUUCAAAAUCAGUAAUGAUGUGCUUAUCGACGACCGCCACUUACAGCUCGAAGCGGACACGCUUCGCAAGUUUCAGCGUCGCUUUUUUGGCCCAUGCCGCAUCCUCCAGGCCGUCGGUUCUGAUACGGCAUCUAGCCCGGUCAGCUUCCGUGUGAAGCUGCCCGACUACCUACGCCAGGCUCGUGUGCACGAUGUCUACCACGUCUCGUUACUGCGUCCUUACCGCAGACCAUCUGCGCGUUUCGCUGGACGACCAUACGAGCGCCCUCCACCCAUCAUGGUGGACGGUCACGAGGAGUUCCUCGUUUCAGACAUCAUAGGUCGUCGUGUCACCGACGACAACCCUCCCCACAUCGAGUAUCUCGUAUGUUGGAAGGGUUACCCUGAUGAGGAGGCUACUUGGGAGCCCCUCGAGCACUUGGAGCACGCUCGCGUGUUGGUGCGUGCCUAUGAGCGUGCUCGUCGUGCAGGGUUCACUGGUCCUCCUCAGCCCACUGACCCUCCUCCUUCUCCUCCGGCUGAGGAAACCGCUGAAGUCGAGCCUGCUCCAUCUGAGGCAGACCUUCAGCAGCAGCCGGAUGCCUCUGAGCGUCCCUAGCGCACUCGCCGUUGUCCUGCUCGAUACGACGAUUGACUCUGACUUACCUUCCCACGUCUUUGACUUCUCACUCCAUCCACAUC